AUGAUAAUUCUGCGAUAUUGCCGGAAUGCUUAUACUAUAUUUCGAACAUUCUCGGGCUUAAAUCAACGUUUCAACAACGUUCUUGUCGAUAGACGUUUACAUCUAUUCAAUGAUGUUUUAUACGAGAAUACCAAUGAUAAAGAAAUCAACUACUAUUACAAUACUCAAUCGUUUCAGGAUAUAUCUCAAAAUUUAUUAUCUCUGAAAGCAACAAAAAAUGAUACAGAACUCAACAAAUGUCUUCAAUCAUUAGUUAGCACGUAUAUAAAAGAAAAAGAUAAUUUAUCCAACCAUCAGUUUCAAUCGAGCAUAGAACAGUUUCAAACUAUACGGGCACAUCUCACCGAUGUUGAAAUUCAAAAUUUAGAUAAAGAAUUGAAAGCAAGCUCAAUAUCAUCGGAUGCAGAUGAAACGUUUCAACGAAUUGUAGGUAAUUUAAUCAAGAGUGAUCAACUUGCUGUGAUCCGAUUCAUUUAUGCUGACAACGAGUGUGCACGAAUUUUUUUUCAAAGGUUCUGGAAUAGUCGACAAAAUGUUGAUAUUAUGACAGCGAAUCGAAAGAGGAGAAGAAAAUUAUUUGGUGCACUCUUGAACGGACGGCAAUCGAGCACAUGGUUGAUAAACCCAAAUUUGCUUUGGAUUCUAUUACAGAAGAAAGAACGCAAACUUGUGAAACAGCUAUUGAAAUUAUCACCAUUACUCAUCAAUCGAUUAGAUGAGGACGGAAAUAAUCUAUUACUUUAUGUCUGUUUCAAAGUUCGUGGUUGUCGACAUGGUCUAAUCGAAUUUUUAAUUGAGAUGGGAUGUGAUGUACAGGCAAAGAAUUCGAACGCUGAAAGGUUUUCGAUGCACUCAAAUUGGGACGAAACAGGAAAUUGUUGGAAAAGUUAA